AUCCCCAGCCGAGCUCCGGGACGUCAGCCCCCAGGCUCCGGCUACCCCCUCACCCUGCUUCCCAUCAUCCCUGCCGCUGCCCCCAUGUGAGUAGGUCAAGUGCUCGACCGGCUUCCCACCACGCCCAGAACUCUAACCCUAACCCUUUCCCCGAGGAGGGCCAAGGGUACCCCAGGGCAAGGCUGUUCCUGCCUUCCUUGGGUCACUGUUCCUGCCUUCCUUGGGUCACUGCUGGGCUGUGCAGGGGGCGGGCAUGGGGUCCACCCAGGGAGUUCUGCAGGAGAGAACAGCCCCUACUGGAAGCAAACGGAUCCCCAGGGGCCGGACAUCUUACCCAAGGAAGGCAGCCCAGAUGGGCGUUUCCCCGCACAAACUAAAUAAACCAGUCUAGCAGCCCCCAGCUUGGCUUGGGAGGAGCCCAGCUUGCCUGGGGCAGGCAGGAGCCAGGGGUCAGCUGCGGGGCUGGCUGGGUCCUGGCCCACACCUCACCUGCUCCCUCCAUUCUCUCUGAGCUCCAAGCUGCCCUGAGCCCCCAGCCCCGAGGGGGCGCGCCCUGGUCCAGCCUUAGUGUUCCCAGAGGUUCCCUGGCUCACCCCACCCUUCCUUCUCCCUGGAUCCAGUGGGCUCUGUUGCAGACUGCCGAAAAGGCCACGCCACCACAUGUGAUGUGGUCUGGCCUCCUUCCGGUCUCGCUAGCACUGGGUCCAGAUCCCAGGGAAUGACCGCCGUCCAUGGGCAGGAGGUAAAACCCCUCCCCGCUCUGAGCUGGCACACUGCAACACACUCCUGGGGGGGACCAGGGGCCUAUCCAGUCUGAGCUUUAAUUUGGGGGCUGAGCCCAGUGUCAGCCACCCAGCAGGUACCCACCAGGUGGUCACUAAGGAACCAGCAUGAGAUGGGCCAAGGUGGCCUCUCCUGCCUGUCUCUCUAACGGGCCCAGCCCCCCAGGUCUCCUGUCUGUGUCAGACUCUCCUGGGGGAGUUUGGGAAGGACCUUUGUAAUAACGACCCAUCCUGAUAAUCCAGAAUAAGGACCUCAUCUCAGAUCAGAAGAUUAGCAACCUUACUACCCCCUCUCCACGUAACGUACAUAUUCCAAGGCUUAGGGGUGCACAUCUUCCCCCCCAAAACAAGCCAGGCUUCUACAGUUCAGCCAGGAUGGCCGAGUGUUAGCCCCCAGUUUGGCUUCGAGGCCCAGGGGCCUCCCAAUCCCCCCAGAGAGUGUGGAGGCCUAGCUAUUCUGGGCCCAGCCCUGGCUGCUGAGGCGUUGGGGGGCUGUGGCCUCUGGGUUAUCUGCCUGCUGCAGGCACCCACCCCAGGAGUGUCCGGGGGCCCCAGAGUGGAGGUGACCCUGCUGAGGGAGCUCUUGCCAGCCUGAGCAGGGCCCUUACCCCAGCAUGUGGCUCCUUCUGCUGCUGUGCUGGGCCGUGCUGGUCACCAGCAGCUUCUCCGUGGAGCCAGAGGUAGAAGUCACCCAUGAGACCUUCAUUGCCUACAAAGUCCUGGAGGUUUUCCCCAGAGGCCGCAGGGUGGUCAUAACAUGCCACUCACCCCAGGCACCCCCGCCCGUCACCUACUCCCUCUGGGCGGGCCAGGGCACUGAGGUCGCCAAGAAGGUGGUGAAGACCGGAGACCCGGCCUCCUUCAGCAUCAACAUCACGCUCAAGUCCAGGCCAGACCUGCUCACGUACUCCUGCCAGGCGGCCUCCCCCGAGGGCACGCACUCGGCCAGCACCAACCUGCAGAUGUACUGGGAGCUGUGGACCAAGCCUGUGUCCCAGCUGCAAGCUAACUUCACCUUGCUGGACAGAGGGUCGGGCCCCAGGGUAGAGAUUUCCUGCCAGGUGUCCUCGGGCAGCCCACCCAUCACCUACAGCCUGGUCGGGAAGGAUGGGACCGUCCACACGCAGCAGAGGCCGAACUACGGUCAGCCGGCCAAGUUCACCUUCACCCUUACCAACAAGUCCACCAGGCUCCAGUGCCAGGCUGAAAAUGACAUCAGUGUCCAGUUCAGCCCCUUCAAGCUGGUGCCCCCAGGACAGCUGCCCCCAGGAGCCAUCGUGGUGCUAGGGAGCAGCCUCAUCUCCAUUGCAGCUGUCACCUGUUGGUUGCUGGCCCAGGCCUGGUGGACCAGCAGCCCUCGGAUGGAGCCACCUGGUCUCUGGGUGGGGCGUUCACCUGUCUUCCUGAUGGGUCUGAGGAGGGACGACAGGAGUGUGUCGAUGAUGCCCUCCGGGGACUAG